GUCAGUCAAAGGACAUUUAAAUGGCUGCACUGUGCAGAACUGUACAGUCUGCCGUACAGCACUGAAAUAACUUGAUUCGGGAUUGAUCAGAGUGGCCUAAAUGAUAUAUUUUGCUAUUGCGUGUUGGAUUUUGCUGCAGUUUGCUUUCCUUACGCAGUCAGAAGCGGUAAGAGUGGAAGGUGUCUAGUCUGAUCGUACAGCUGCGUGAAAAUGAACGAGGAGGAAGACGCUAUGCAGAAAACAAGGCUGGCGUUUGAGGACCUGUGUCGAGCCCUGAAUAUGGACGAGGAGGCGAGUAACGGAGCAUGGAGCAGCUAUGAGAAUAUCAGCAAAAACUACACUCUAGAGGGUAGUGAAUUACACUGGCUGGCAUGUGCCCUGUAUGUGGCCUGCAGGACAGUUGUGCCCACUGUAGGUAAAGGCACAGCUGAAGGAAACUAUGUUUCUCUAACACGGAUUCUGCGCUGUUCAGAACAGAGCUUGAUAGAGUUUUUCAGAAAAAUGAAGAAAUGGCAGGAUAUGGCCAACUUGUCAAAGGAAUUCCGGCAGAGCACAGAAAAGCUGGAGAGGAACUUCACUGUCACAGCUGUCAUUUUUAAGAAAUAUGUUCCCAUUUUCAAAGACAUAUUUAAAACCCCAUCUGAAGAACCACCUAGAGCUCACAGAAGCAGGAAACAGAGGCGACAUCCCUGCACUGUGGCGGAGGUGUUCCACUUCUGCUGGGUCCUGUUUGUACAUGCGAAAGGAAACUUUCCUAUGAUCAGUGAUGACCUUGUGAACUCCUAUCACCUGCUGCUGUGUGCACUUGAUCUGGUCUACUCCAACUCACUAUUAUGCUCCAACCGUAAAGAUCUGCUCAACCCCUCCUUCAAAGGUCUUCCAGAAGACUUUAGCAACAAAGACUACAAGCCUAGUAGUCCUCUAUGCUUCAUAGAGCAGCUGUGUGAACUACAUGAUGGUCUAGUGCUGGAGGCCAAAGGGGUGAAGGAGCACUUCUGGAAGCCCUUCAUCAAGAGACUGUUUGAACGCAAGAUUUUAAAGGGAAAAGAAGAGACACUGACUGGAUUCUUGGAUCCUGUUAAUUUUGGAGACAGUCUUGCAUCUUUAAAUCGAGUGUAUGAGGAGCACAUUCUAUCAUCAGGUGCUCUGGAUGAGAGAAUAUUCCUGGGAGAAGGUGCAAAAGAGGACAUUGGUACACCGGGACCAUGCCUAUGUGAGGGAAUAGAAAACCAGGAGCGUCCUGCCAACCUUCUCUACAACUCUCUGACUUCAUCUGCCCUGAAAGUAUCCACUCCACUGACGGGCCGCAAAUACAUCCAGGACAGUGGAGUCGGCACUCCGGUUUCCAUGGCAAUGCAGGGUGUGGGGCGUCUGCAUAGCCUCUUGGCUGGACUCAAGCACAGACCAAGUCUGAGACUCAGAGAGACACUUAAGGCAUGUGCAAGGGACCCCAGUGAGGCCAUUGCAGCCAGGCUGAAGGAGAUGUCUGACACUUUCCUCCAGAACUAUGAAGCAAAAGAGGAGGAGAACAGAGAUAUUGCUCUGAAAUACUUUUGCCUGGCCGAGGCGCUGUACUAUAAAACACUGGAGGGAAUCAUUGACCAGGAGAAGAGGAGACUGGGAGACAGCGAUCUUUCUAGUAUUCUAGAACAAGACAUGUUCCACCGUUCUCUGGUAGCCUGCUGCUUGGAGAUUGUGAUCUUUUCCUACCGCCCACCUGGCGAGUUCCAGCAGGUGCUGCAAGUCUUUGAUAUCCCCCCGUACCACUUCUAUAAGGUGAUUGAGGUGCUGGUUCGGGCAGAGGACGGUCUGUUUAGGGAGGCGGUGAAGCAUCUGAACCAUGUGGAGGAACAGGUGCUAGAGAGCCUGGCCUGGAAAGAGACUUCCCCGCUCUGGGACAGCAUCAAAGGGGCCAAGAACCAUGUGCCUUCCUGCCAGGAGGUAAUGCCCCCACAAUAUCUGGAAGAUGGAUCUGGCAGCAAUCCUCAGAGCCCCAGAAAUAAUGAACUCAGUGCAAACACUGCAGGAGCAGUAAAAGGAGUGUUCCCCUCUACCACUACUCUGCACGAGCGCUACAGCACCCCGCCCACAGGUACGGUUUGUAGACGCCUCUUUGUGGACACAGACUCGAACUCUGACCCCGCUACGUCUGGUCGAGUCACGCAGGCCCCCCUUGUCAGCACCAUACCUGCCGGCCAGACCGUGGUCACUAUGGCAACAGCGACUGUUACAGCUAACAAUGGUCAGACUGUCACCAUCCCUGUGCAAGGAAUAGCCAAUGAGAACGGAGGGAUUACAUUUAUCCCAAUGCCGGUGAGUGUGACGGGGCAAAGUGGGACGGGGCUGCAGCCUCUCACUGCCCAGGCACUGACCGGCACACUGAACACACAGCAGCUGACAGCCACCACACCCACCAGCACUGCCCACAGCAGCCCAACAGCAGGAAAACAGAGCAAGAAGAGUCCUCUUCAAGGAGCACCUCUGAAUAGAACCCAAAGAACAGGUUCUCUCAGUCUGUUCUUUCGAAAGGUGUAUCACCUGGCCAGUGUGCGUCUCCGGGACCUGUGUGUGAAGCUGGACAUUAGCACUGAACUACGAAGGAAAAUCUGGACGUGUUUUGAGUAUUCACUGGUGCACUGCACUGAGCUGAUGAUGGAUCGCCAUCUUGAUCAGCUGCUCAUGUGUGCCAUCUACGUCAUGACUAAGGUGACCAAAGAGGACAAAUCCUUCCAGAACAUUAUGAAGUGCUACAGAUCUCAGCCUCAGGCCAGCAGCAGUGUGUACAGAAGUGUUCUGAUAUCAAGGAGAAAGAGACGCCAGUCGGGCAACAGUGAGAACAACAACAGACAGACUUCUCCAUCAGAGGGAGGACAUGAACAGGCUGCAGGCAGUGGUGACAGUAGUCCCAUGUCUAUGCGCUCCAGCAGCACUCUGCCCAUUCCCCAGCCCAGCAGUGCCCCCUCCACCCCCACCCACAUCCCUGGAGCCCCCCCAGAGCAGGAGGAAGAGGAGGAGCGGGGUGAUCUAAUCCGCUUCUACAAUCAUAUCUACAUCAAACAGAUCAAACACUUCGCCCUGCGUUACUCCUCUAGCUCCCCGAAAGCUGGAACUGAGACUCCGCCUCUGUGUCCAUAUCCCUUGCUCCGGAUUGGCUCUCCACGCAGAGUUCUUCUUUCACAGAACCACUCCAUCUACAUCUCUCCCCACAAGAGCAACAGCCCCCUCACCCCCAGAGACAAGAUCUUCUACUACAUCAGCUCUAGCCCCUCCAACCGGCUGCGGGAGAUAAACAGUAUGAUCCGCACUGGGGAGACACCAACUAAGAAGCGCAGUAUGGCUCUGGAGGAGGAGCAGCAGUCUCCUGCUAAGAGGCUGUGCCAGGAGAACCAGACCGCACUGUUGCGCCGCCUGCAGGAUGUGGCCAAUGACCGCAACUCCUCCCACUGAAGCAAUCAGUCCUGCAAGAUCUGAACUGCACCAAUGAAAAUAAAGGAACAUCCACAAAUUAGUGACAUCACACACAUCUCUGACCACAUAAAAAUGACCAUACAUAAACAUGGAUGAGAAACAUGGAGGAAAUGACUGUGCACCUCUUGACCCAUCAACCAACACACAUCCCCAGUCAACAGUUCACCCUUGCAAGAGAUUCUAGAUGAACGUUUUGCUAAAAAUACAGUCAUCGAGUUUCACACCCACAACAUCAGCUCUUUUUUAGUCAACUUUGAGUUGCAUUUCCUCAAAGUAGAAAGACACACAUUUGGGCUUACAGUAAGCAAACAUCGGUCUUAUAUAUGACUUUACUCAGAACAUACAAUGGUAUGUUUUGUGAUGAUGUUUGAAGAAGGUAAAGCACUUAGCAAAGUAUUUGACAACAGAUCUGACGCAGCGUUCACUGAACUUGCUUUUUAAGAAAUAUUUUCAUAAAAAGAUAUUUUAUAAUGUUACGUGACGAGUUCAAGUUUUCUUAUGAAACUCUUAAGAAAUGAUUGUGAGCUCUUUUAUAUGCUGCAGUGUGUUUACUGUCUUUUUAUGUGCGUGUGCGUGAGUUACAUAGCUAAUAUAUUUAUGCUAUUUUUCUAACAUUAGUUAGAGAGAUACCAACAACAGAGAGACAACCAGCACCUAAUAACUCUCAUGUUAAUAGUAUAAGCUGUAUUCUGCUUAAAAGCAAUAUUUAUUAUCCUUCUGUUGUGCAUGUGCUAUGUAGCUGUGCAAGACAAAUCAAUCUUUCUUUCUCUCUCUCUCAUUUCUCGUCCUUCUGGAAAUUAUCCUCCUAUUAUUCGUGAAAAAUAGAUUGCUUUUUUUAUUUUAUGGACUGUGAUGUCAUAAACCAUGUGCAUUGUGUAAAAAAAUCCCCUUUUCUUGAGAAAGUGCCUUUUCUCCAUUUACCUUUUUGAGCAUUGUAUGUGUGCUUAACAUAAAGCUUACAUGAGUUCCCUCACAAUGCAUUAAAUAAACCAGAGAAAAUGUACUGA